AUGCCAAGGACGCUGCCCUGGUUGGUCGGCCAGAAUGACACUGGCAGGGUGAAGCAAGAGUCGACGCCGCGGAAGCGCAUCAAAGCGGAGCCGGCUCCGGAUCAUGAUCAGACUCCCAAGAACCCACCAUCUUCGCCGGACAAGAGGAACUUUCUCAGGUCAUGUAGGGUGAACCAAGGAAUUUUUACUCAUCGUGAGCUGAUACCAUUCUCUUCCGCAGCUCAAACCCCACCUACGUCUCCAAUCAAGCGAUGCCCGUCCGAGGAAUUCUUGAUCGAAGGCCUAGAUAAAGAUGACGCUUGGAUUAUGGUCGAAGAUGAAUUCUAUGCCGUCGCACAGACAUUCACUCAACACUUACAUUACGCGGAAUACGUUCGGCGGACGAAGGAAGCCAAGGCCCGGAACGCGGCAAGUUUAGGGGAAUUGGACAGACCCACGGAUGGCCGAACAGCUAUACCAAAGAAUGUCCAACGAAAGCAUGAAGCCGAAAAGCUUGCAGCACGUCAGAAGUCUGGGCUGGGGCAAGUUUUAGGAGGGAAUGCCGAGGAGCACGAGGAUACCGAAGAUGAGAUGUGGGCUGGGACUCAUCUCCAUGACCUGUUGACUAGCCCGAGAAAGGCACGCUCGCUGGCCGGCGUGCAGACCAUUAAGUCUGCUACCAGAGCAGCUGCAGGCUACGGAAAAGCGGCUGCAUUUACCAGCAGUCAGGCGCGGGUUACUAGUGGUGAAGAACCUCCUUCGUCGUCGAUGGCUCCAGAGGUCCAGCGAAUGGACGUGGAUGAGGAGACGGCCUCGGAUGAGGAUGAUGAUCUUGACCUUGAGGUUACCACCGCUCCUGCACCGGUGAGACGGCAGCCCGGCAAUCAGUCCGGGCCAGUUCCUAGCAGCGGGUCUACAGACAAACCCAGAUCAGCCGAAAGGCCAACCGCAUCCUCCUCGAAAUCUAAAAGACAAUCAUUUGCUCGUCCUAGUCAGGGACCAGCAGUGAACGUGCCAAAGUCGAGAAUGCAAAUGUUAUUUGACGACCUCGAUGAGCUACCAGCGCCAUCUCGGCAAAGAGCCUCUGUAUCUGACAGGAAAGGUGAACAUAUUCCCUCAGAAGGAGUGCCAGUGGGGACCAACAACCCCAAAGCCAAAAAAACACGCUAUAACGAGGUUCCAACCUUCUUGGUGUGA